AUGAAGACUGUCGCAUCCUUUGCCAUUGCCGCCUUGUGCGCCGCGAUGGCCGCUGCCUCUCCUCUCGAAAAGCGCGACUAUGUGACCGAAAUCGAUUUGUACACUGUGACCGUUACAGUGACUGGUUGGCCACCGGCUGAUACACCUGCACCGUCUGCUGUCGAAACAACUCCCUCUGGCAGCGACUGGAAUAGUUGGAGCAGUUGGGGCGCAUGGCACAGCGGAAGCAGUGGGGAAUGGAGCAGCGAGUCGCCUUCUCCUACCUCUGCUGCUCCUGCCGAUACACCGGCGCCUUCUCCAGAAUCUCCACCUCCAUCUGCGGCUCCAACCUCCGAGUCCUGGUCAAGCUCGACGCCAGAAGCCUCACCAACCUCUACUGAAGCAGCGCCUUCGCCCGCCUCCACCACUGUCUCUUCGGACUAUCAGCAAGGAAUUCUUGAUUCGCACAACAUCCAUCGGGCCAACGCAUCUGUGCCAGAUUUGACCUGGAGUGAUGACAUGGCCUCCAUUGCCGCUCAGAUCGCCGCCAGCUGUGUAUAUGCUCAUGACACUUCCACUGGUGGCGGUGGCUAUGGCCAGAACAUCGGUGCAGGUGCCCCUCCCUCAGGCAUCCCUGCCAUGAUCACCGAUGAGAUGUAUAAUGGAGAAAUCAACUUCUACCCGGCAUAUGGCGUGGAGCCAGACAUGACCAACUUCGAGAAAUGGGGUCACUACUCCCAGAUCGUCUGGAAGUCCACCACCUCUGUCGGUUGCGCAACUCAGUAUUGUCCCAAUGGCUUGGCCAAUACCGGUAGCGACGUCAGCCCUUAUUUCACCGUCUGCAACUAUAGCCCACCAGGCAACUUUGGUGGCGAGUACGCUGCGAACGUCUUGCAACCCGGCGACAUGCCCACUGUCACGCUAUAA